AUGGGUAAUGGAUAUUCAGCUUCAUCAAUAAAUUUCGCCUUCAUAAACCAAUGCGUCAAUCGAUAUUUUUCCAUGUUUCUUUUGUUUUUUGGUACAAUUGGAAACCUUUUAAAUCUCUUAGUAUUUACACGAAAAACAUUUCGUAAUAAUAUUUGUGUCAAUUAUUUUCUGGCAUCAACAAUCUCCGAUUCUUUUAUUAUUAUUAGCGGAGUUAUUCCACGUUUGCUCAAUGGAUAUGGCAUGGAUUUAUCACAAACUUCAUCCAUUAUUUGUAAGCUGAAAUUUUUUGGAAUAUAUCUUUCAGGAUAUGUAGCUGCUUGGUUUACUUGUUUGGCUUGUAUUGAACGAUAUCUUUCAUCAUCAGAAAGUGUUUAUAGGCGUCAUCUGAUUACAAUGAAACGGGCUAAAUUAUCUAUGAUUUUUGUUAUAUUGUUUGGAUUUAUUAUAUUUGGUGAACAUUUCUAUUGUAUUGAUAUUAAUCAAAAUUUAUAUGGUGCACCACAAUCGUGUAAUCAAUUAAAAAGAGAUCUUGCAUGUCAAAUAGCGGAUAGUGUGCUGCAAUUUACAUUCGAAAUGUUUACACCAGCAGUAGUGAUGAUUAUUUUUGGUGUGUUAACAUUGCAAAAUGUUCGUCAAAGAAAACGUCGUGUUAAUGUAUUACAAACCGCGAAUAGAAGAAUUCCGUUGAUUGCAGUAACAAAUAUAAGUCACCCUUCUAUAAUACAACAGCCAACAAAUGCAAUAAUCGGUCCAAACAACCAACCAGCUACAAUGGAAAUUAACCGAGCAGCUCAAAAGCGUGAAAUGCAGUUGAUUAUAAUGCUACUCGUACAGGUUAUUGUUUUCAUCGUUUCUUCAUUUCCUAUCAGCGUCUAUAAAAUUUAUUCUAUGGCGACUAUUACUCAAACAAAAUCAACUCUACGUGCGUCAAGUGAAAAUACAUUAUACAAUAUAUUUAUACUAUUUUUAUAUAUCAAUAAUAAUAUUAAAUUUUACACUUAUACUUUAUGUGGUGCCACAUUUCGAAAGGAAUUAUUAAAACUAUUUCGUUUAGCUAAGUGA